AUGGAUCCUUUACCUCAUGAGUUACCAGCUGACACAGUGCGACGCGUGGCGUCUGAACUUCGAUGUCUCCCUACCGAUGAGAGGGUUGCCCUUCGUCUCGAUGAGGAAGAUAAGCUGAGGCACUUCAGGGAAUAUUUUCAUAUUCCCAAAAUGCAGGAUCUCCCUCCAAUUGAUUUAUCAUUAGUGAAUAAGGAUGAAAAUGCCGUCUAUUUAUUGGGAAAUUCUCUUGGCCUUCAACCAAAAAUGGUUAAAACGUAUCUGGAAGAAGAACUAGAUAAGUGGGCCAAAAUGGGAGCCUAUGGUCAUGAAAUAGGGAAACGUCCUUGGAUCACAGGAGACGAGACUAUUGAAGGUCUUAUGACUGACAUUGUGGGAGCCAAUGAGAAAGAAAUAGUCCUAAUGAAUGCUUUGACUGUUAAUUUGCAUCUUCUACUGUUAUCGUUUUUUAAGCCGACACCAAAACGGUACAAAAUUCUUCUUGAAGCCAAAGCCUUCCCUUCAGAUCAUUAUGCUAUUGAAUCACAGCUUCAACUUCAUGGACUCAACAUUGAGAAAAGUAUGCGGAUUGUAAAGCCAAGAGAGGGGGAAGAAACCUUGAGAACAGAAGAUAUCCUUGAAGUAAUUGAGAAGGAAGGAGACUCUAUUGCAGUGAUCCUGUUUAGUGGGCUGCAUUAUUACACUGGACAGCACUUCAAUAUGCCCGCCAUCACAAAAGCCGGACAAGCAAAGGGUUGUUUUGUUGGCUUUGAUCUAGCGCAUGCAGUUGGAAAUGUUGAACUCCGCUUACAUGACUGGGGAGUUGACUUUGCCUGCUGGUGCUCCUAUAAGUAUUUAAAUUCAGGAGCUGGAGGUCUCGCUGGUGCCUUUGUCCAUGAAAAGCAUGCCCAUACAAUUAAACCUGCGUUAGUGGGAUGGUUUGGUCAUGAACUCAGCACCAGAUUUAAAAUGGAUAACAAAUUGCAGUUAAUCCCUGGAGCCAAUGGAUUUAGAAUUUCAAAUCCUCCCAUAUUGUUGGUCUGUUCUUUACAGGCUAGUUUGGAGAUCUUUAAGAAAGCAACCAUGAAAGCAUUGAGAAGGAAGUCUGUUUUGCUCACGGGUUACCUGGAAUUCCUGCUCAAGCACUACUAUGGCAAAGACAAAGCAGAAACCAAGACACCCGUGGUGAACAUCAUCACUCCCUCCCGUGUAGAGGAACGCGGCUGCCAGCUAACACUAACAUUUUCCGUUCCAAUAAAGUCUGUAUAUCAAGAAUUAGAAAAAAGAGGAGUGGUUUGUGACAAGAGGGAACCCAAUGGCAUCCGAGUGGCUCCAGUUCCUCUCUACAAUUCUUUUCACGAUGUUUAUAAAUUUAUCAACCUGCUCAAUUCUGCACUUGAGGCUGCAGAAAGAAAAGAUAAUGGUGUUUAG